GUUGUUACUCCACUGGGUAGAGCUUCCGUGAGCUCCUAGGAGGUGCUAGCCACAUCGCUGAAUAGGGCCUUAUUGACGGCAGCUGCAAGAUAUGUGGUGUUAGCUCGUUGUUAGAUGGUGCAGGGGGAGGAAGGCCAAUCCUGAAUGCACAUCUUGGGGACUUCUGGGAGGAUGGAGUUAGGAGUGUUACUGGUGGGAGAGUCUGUGCUGUAUGAGUGGAGAUUUUGGCCCUUGGAAUCCCCAUGAGAAGAUUUCCAUGAGGAUCCGUGCUCGAAUAAAGAGGGGCAGAAGGAAAGUAGCAAGCAAAAAUGUAUUAAAGUGAAAAUACACUCUCAAGGCGGGAGAGCAGACAGGUUCCUCAAGGUGGAACCGGCCCUAGGUUGUUUUGGGAUUGGAUAUUUGUUGCAAGUCUCUGGGCUGGGAGGAGCUGUGACGCAUAGCUGGGUGGUCUCUAAUGGAGGCUGAUUCCAAACCUAUGGGGGACUCCUCCCACAGGUUGGGAGGGGGGGAGCUUUUGACCCUAGGAGAUAGUACCAGAACUAGCAGAGCAGACUUUCGUCAGCGUCAGCGGGCAGGGCUGUCCCGCUAUGCAAAUGUAUUAUAAUGAGUGUAGGGGUUACCCUGGGGCAGCGGUGGAAGAGGAGAGCGCAUGCUCCACACCUGUGGCGCUUGAACUUUCAGCCCCAAGGUCAGGCUAUCGUGCCCCAGGCUUCUCACGUGUAGCUUAUUUCUUACCAUCCUUGCUAGGUCUACCAGCUCAGAAGGAUCCUGAGCUCACCUUGUCCCACCGACACAAGGAGAGAACAGCCACAUCGGAGCCGCUAACUCUGAAAGCAACCCGAAGACUGGUGGAACAGACUUUCCACAGUUCUUUGUAGAGAGGAGGCCACGUUGAAAAGGAGCCCCUUCCUAAGGAACGUGAUGGAGGCUUUCUCAGAACAAAGGAAGGCAACCUGCCACGUGGCCCAGUCAACUCCUAUACACGUGCCCCCAGCAGAUGUCUGAGCUGAUUUAUGGGGUCAUGGCAAUCUGCUUCUCGCAGUCACACCCUCACUGGGACCACUUGGAAUCUGUUGUUUGGGGUUGCCAUGGACACGGAGUUCUUAUUCCAGUACUAGCUUGUUACCAGCACCAGAGACCUUCCAGAAAGGACCUCCUCAUCCCCAGGGAACCAGAGGUGGAGGGGAUGUGAAAUGGAAAAGUUGUAUUCAAGUCCCAAGAUCUGAGUCCUUCUGUGCUCCACCUCCCUUCUGCUGUGGCCCCUUGAAAGCGCCCUACCUGUAGAUUAAUUGUAGAUUGUGGUUGUCCACAAGACAAUACCAUGCAGAGAUUAAAGAGGAACCCUUUAUAUCUCUGGUUCAUGCAUCAAAGAAAUAAUAACAGAAUUAUGGAUUCCUCUGACAACAGUGAUGACCAUGGAGAUGAUCUAGAUGAAUUCAUAUCAGGAAUCUCUAAUGAAGCCACCAAUGAAAGAUAUAACAACACUCCAAUGUCCUCUUUGGUGUCCUCUGGCCACAAUAUCAACAAUAGCCCAAACCCUAAUGAAUUGACAUCAGAAACCUAUGAGGAAGACGACAAUGAAAUCCAUGCCCAGAAUGAACUGACAUUAGAAAACUAUGAGGAAUCCACCAAUGAAAUCAUAACCCUGACUGGAUGGAAAUCAGACAGUUAUGAGGAAGUCACCAGUAAAAUCCAUGCCCAGAAUGAACUGACAUUAGAAAACUAUGAGGAAUCCACCAAUGAAAUCACGGCCCUGACUGAAUCGAAAUCAGAUGGCUAUGAGGAAUUCACCAGUGAAAUAACUGCCAUGAGUGAAUGGACAGCAGUAUCCUCCAAAGGACUCUCCAAUGCAAACAUUGCCUUGAGUGAACUGACAACAGUAACUUCUGGUGAAAUCAUCAAGGACAUCUAUGACUCAAGUGAGUUGAAAAGAGUAACCUGUGUUAAAGCACCCAAGGAAAGUAUAGUGGAACGACUCUCCAGGUUCCAUGAUGAUGAUGAUGAAGACAUUGGCUUUCUCAAUUCAUAUGACAUGAUUAAGAGAAUUGUGUACUCACUUGUAUCAUCACUCACAUUCAGAAUAUUUGGAAUUUUGCUUAUCUUUGUGGAUUUGUCCCUCGUCAUUACAGACCUGCUUGUCACUAAAAACGCAAUAUAUAUUCCUAUGGAAAUUCAUUUAAUUUCUUUAGCUAUUUCUUUAUUUUUUGUCUUGGAUGUUCUUCUUCGAGUAUAUGUAGAAGGGAUACGACUGUAUUUUUCUGGUAUACUUAACUGCUUAGAUGCUGUCAUCAUUGUAGUGACUCUACUGGUUGAUAUAAUUUAUAUGUUUUAUGACCUUAAGGUUCUUAAAGAUAUCCCCAGAUUGGCAAUUUUAUUUCAAUCCCUACGACUUAUUAUUCUGAUAAGAGUUUUCCAUCUGGCUCAUCAAAAGAAACAUCUUGAAAUGCUGACCAGAAGGCUGGUUUCAGAAAACAAACGGCGAUACAAGAAGGAUGGAUUUGACUUAGACCUCACUUAUGUUACUGAGCGUAUUAUUGCCAUGUCAUUCCCAUCUUCUGGACAGCAGUCUUUCUAUAGGAAUCCCAUUAAGGAAGUUGUGCGGUUCCUGGAUACCAAACAUCAAGACCACUAUCAAGUCUAUAAUCUAUGCAGUGAAAGAGCCUAUGAUCCUAAGUACUUCCAUUACAGGGUCCGGCGAAUCAUGAUUGAUGAUCACAAUGUCCCCACACUAAGUGAGAUGUUGGCAUUCACCAAAGAAGUAGAUGAGUGGAUGGCUCAAGAUGACGAAAACAUCAUAGCAAUUCACUGUAAGGGAGGCAAAGGAAGAACUGGAACGAUGGCUUGUGCCUGCCUUAUUGCCAGUGAAAUAUUUACAACUGCAGAGGACAGCCUUUAUUAUUUUGGAGAACGGCGAACAGAUAAAAGCACCAGCACUAAAUAUCAGGGAGUGGAGACUCCUUCUCAGAGUAGAUAUGUUGGAUAUUUUGCGGACGUGAAAAAUAUCUACAACUUGAAUCUCCCUGCCAGAAAAACACUCAAGAUUAAAAAAAUCGUUAUUUAUUCAAUUCACGGUGUUGGAAAAGGCAACGGAAAUGAUCUAAAAGUGCAAAUAAUAUUGCACCGCAAAAUCGUCUUUUUAAGUUCUGCUUCCAAAAAUUGUUGGAUACUUCACGAUAUUGAAACAGACAACGUAAUAAUUCAUUUAUCCAGCUGUCCACCUCUGUAUGAUGAUGUGAAAGUACGGUUUCUCUCUUCCUCAGUUCUUCCUAAAUACUAUGACAACUGCCCAUUUUUCUUCUGGUUCCAUACAUCUUUUAUACAAAAUAACAGGCUUUAUCUUUCAAGAAAUGAAUUGGAUAAUCCCCAUAAACCAAAAACAUGGAAAAUUUACCGUCCAGAGUUUGCGGUCGAGGUAUUUUUUGAUGAGGUCGUAGCUGGCACCUAAUUAAGCGUAGUUCCCUUUCUCGGACAGAAUCAUGUUCUUCACAAUCCCUGCCACAUAUUUGUAGCUUCUAAACCUCCUUCCUUGCUGGUAUACUUAUAUUUACAUUCAUGUACAUAUGUUUUUGCCAAACCUAUUAAAUACAUACAAAGUAACAUCUCAA